CAGCUGAUACUCCAUUACUCUCUUCCCCUUCUUGCAUCCCAUCUUCUCAUGUUUUGGUGUUCAUGUUUUGAUGGAAACUAAACUCUUUUGAACUACAGGGAGACUCUGACACCAUUAGGAUACUUUCAAAUUGCUUGUUAAGUAAGAGUUGUAAACUGGCCUUAUUUUUCACCCUCACUGUGUGGAAUGAACUUAAUUAGAAUGUUGAGUUUAGGGUGAGGAGGCAUUUUUCAUCCGCAUGGUGUAAAAAUUAUUGAGCCUUAAAUUAAUGUUAUAGUUGGUUCUAUCUUUUGUUUUAUCCCAGACGUGACAACUGUGGGUGUUUCAGAGAAGACAGCUUGUAAAUCCAAUAAAAAGCCUAUGUGCUUGUUAGAAUUAAGUUAUUGUUUAACAUUCCAAACAUAAUAUGGAAAUCUGAACACAUUUUGCUUUUGUACUGUAAGGUGAUUGGGAAUACUACUAUUGACUUUACAAGCAAGGUUAGCUCAGCUAAGCUCUUCUGAAGCCUACUUAUAUCCCAUAGCUGUCCUGAUUGUUGAGGCAGUUGUUCCAUUAUUUAGAGUCAGCUGUUAAAAUGGUCCUAAAAAAUAUCAUCUGUAUCUAGGCAUGGACAGAGCCAUUGGCUCUUCCUGUUUACUCAAUCUUCACUUGGUUAAUGACCAACUUUUAUUUGUGUUAAUGUACUGCUGCUAUGCGGAGCAAUAUUUUUCAAACUUAUUGGUAAGUGCAAACUGUUUCUGUGUUAUUUGCCCUGAGAUAACUUUAUGGAUGAUCCCUGUGCUAUGGGUGCCAGCAGAUGCUGCACUAUGGUAGGUGGCCAUGCAGAGAAGUUCCUUUCAUGGCCUGGCUCUGUAGUUCAGUGAAGUGAAGAGUGCUAUCUACAUGGAAGGAGCAUUCAAAACUUGUAAGUACUUCAUCACAGAUUCGGCCUCAGAUAUUACACUUGACCACAUUUGGUGAACUUUGACUUUCUCAUAAAUAGUGCUUGAACAACUGAACCUGUGUAAUGGAGUCCUCGACCUUACCCACGCGUUUCCUAUGGAGCUGUCUGGUGGCUUUGAGCAGUGUGGUUUAAAUUAGUUAUAUAGAGUAUUUCUCUAACACAUGGUAUCAUAGCUCAGUGCUUUUUAAAAUCACGUAUAUAGAUAGAGAUGUUCUUGAAAAAUGAAAGAAAAGAGACAUGGAUAAAAGCAAGCCCCACCAGCAAAGGAAUCCGAUCCCAGAUGCCUGCAAGCCAGUUCAAACAAGUAGGUCCUUUGCUAGGAGAGAUUUGCUGAAUGCCUACCAGGCAAUAUCAGGUAUGACUCUGCUGGGAGCCAAUAGCACACCUACUCAGUGCAUGACACGUGUUUUUGCUCGGGGAGAUGUAAAAAUAAACACGAUUGGUAUGUGUUACAGCUACAAGGGAUGGAAAUCGGGGGAAAAGGGAGAACACCAUUUAAAAGGACAAGGACUGUUUGCACACAUUAGCAGAAACUUGCUAUUUUCUGGAAUUGUUGGAAGGAAUAUUGGAAUAUUGGAAGGACUGGUAUAGCCCUGGGAAAUGAAAAAGCCCAUUACUCUGGGUCAUAGAAGGCCCUGCACAGACAUACGAGAACAACUCAGCAGGACAGCAUCCUGGCUGGAGCUGAGCUCACUUGUAAGGAACCCCUGCACUGUGUUUCAGAAGCAUGUUGUGACAGCUGGCCUUCAGGAGGGGCUUUAGGGGUGGGCUGUGGUGCUAGACCUGGGCUGGCUCCGUCUUUACGGCUUUAAAGUGGAAGAAGGUAGAUUUAGGCUAGAUAUUAGGAAGAAAUUCUUCACUGUGAGGAUGGUGAGGCACUGGAACAGGUUGCCCAGAGAGGCUGUGGAUGCUCCCUCCGUGGAGGCAUUCAAGGCCAGGCUGGAUGGGGCUUUGAGCAACCUGGUCUAGAGAGAGGCGUCCAUGCCUAUAGCAAGGGGUUGGAACCAGAUGAUUUUAAAGGUCCCUUCCAACGGAAACCAUUCUGUGAUUCUAUCUGUCACAUUUUGCCAGGUGCCCACGUCCCAUGAAUAAUGCUACUGAAGCACUGCAGCAGCUCAGCAAAGGCCAGCAUGAGUGUAUCAGCACUGGAGUGGGGUGAGCUGCUUGGUGCUGUAGCACUGCUAUGUUCAGUGCUGUCCGUGGGGUAUGUAUAGUAGGAGAGUCAGCCUGAGCUCAUCUUUGGUUUUAAGGUAAAACUGAAGUCUAAGUUUAAAGCGUGUCCACUUGCUACACCUGAAAAUUGUUUGACUACUUUGCCUACUGUGCACAAAGUACUUUGUGCAGCAGCAGGGAGAUGAACUCUUUGAACUUACAUGUAAGGGUUUCCUCUAACACAACUUGGGCAUUUACCUCUCUGUGAACCUUGUGGUGUAAUGCUCACAGUUGGUUGAAUGUCCCCAAGGCAAAAGCACAGUAAUGUGCUCCUCAGCUUGUAUACCCUGAAGCAUGCUGUGUGCAGGCAUUAGGAAAAUAAUUAAGGUACAUAAGCUGAUGCUCUGUAAUGUGACUAAAAGAAAAAUGGAGUAUGUAUUGAAUAUAUCAGGCUUGUGUGCAUAAGUAUUAGGCAGUCUAGUGGUAUCUGGGAAAACAAUUUAGCUUGUACAACAGCAUGCUAGAGUGCAACAUGGUUCAAAACAUGAGCUUGAGUCCUGGGAACUGUGCAGCCACAGGAGCUCAAUUAGCCAGUCAUUGCGUGCUGCACAAAUGUGGCUGUUGCACUUCUGCCACAGAGCUAGCUAAUUUCAGACCAUCUUGGGGAUCUGUGCAGCACAGUGCUGUAGCUGUACCUGAUGUCUCCAGCAUUGUAUAUUAAUAGUUGUAGGGUAAUAUGCUCUGUGGCUGGGAGGAAGAAGAGACUGCUCAGAUAAGCACCGUUUCACUUUCUAUUUUUUUUUUUCAAAUGUUCCAUUUAAAGCAAAGAUCUCCUUCCCUCCUUCCCUCCUUCCCUCCUUCCCUCCUUCCCUCCUUCCCUCCUUCCCUCCUUCCCUCCUUCCCUCCUUCCCUCCUUCCCUCCUUCCCUCCUUCCCUCCUUCCCUCCUUCCCUCCUUCCCUCCUUCCCUCCUUCCCUCCUUCCCUCCUUCCCUCCUUCCCUCCUUCCCUCCUUCCCUCCUCUUGUAGUUUGUGACCUAGGCUGGAACCAACUGCUCCUCAGACAGUAAGUGUAUAGCUUACAGGUUUGAUUAUGGUCCUACCAACGUCUUGUGAAAACAUUUAAAAUGUGGUCACCGUUGGUCUCUUUUCUGACUUUCUUUCUGCCAAAUGUGUUCCUGCUGCAGGACUGAAAUCAUUUGGUCUUUUGGAGCAUAAGAGCAAACCAGGAGCGCAGGCUAGAUUUUCCUUGUCAUGUUAAGUGGAUGUAUGUUAAGGUUCUGCACUAAGUUCGUAAGCUUCUGGUGAAAAUCCAUUCCUGUAGUGACACUUAGGACUGCAUUCACUUGCAGCCAUGAUGAUGAUUAACCACCAGAGUACGCUGUGACGUGGCAGUCUGAGCUGAACAUCCCCUUCCUGUGCCUGCACUGUGUGCCUAUGGGCAGGAGUUGCUUUUGUGAGCCAGGAUAUUUCAUUCAGUCAUAUCAUCCUUGCUGGCAGCAAUAACUUCAGUAUUUUUGCAGGGUCCUCUCAUGUUGCACGUUCUGUUCCAAAGGGUGAGGCACUGGGAAAAUAAUUACAGUGGAUCAACUAACCUAAAAAGUGAUCACUCGGGGAAAGUUCAAUCCUCACAGCUGGUGUGCCGUCUUGUGACAUCUUCCACCUUCCUCCAGCAGUAUUACACGUGUCAGUAUCUCGUGCUGUCCUCCCUCCGUAGCAUGCUCUGAUUUGCUCUCAGCUGCUGUUCAGGACCCAGUGCACGAUGACAGCAAAGACAGGCUUUACUCCUCGGAUCUGAUGGGAUUACUCCAGUUUCCCAGAAGCACGUGGUGUCUGGUAAACACUUACAAGUUAUUUAGAUAUGAAUUCAGAUAGUGAGUUUCAACAACCAUUACGAUAGAGGAUAAGCAAGGUUUCCUAGUACUCAAAAUGAGUUGUUUGUGCUCUUAGUGGUAUUUCUGUCUUGUGUGCUAGCAGACUUGUGUCUGAAAGGAGAAAAGUAAGAGUCCUUGAAAACUCUAUUUUGAAAUGCCACCUCUGGACAUGCUGCUGGUUGUUGUUCAGAUCGUGGAAUGCAGUGGAUGAAUAGCUGAACAGCAGUUGAAGGCAGGAAAGAAUGAAAAAAGCCCCAUAGGCUGUAGACUCUGCCAGUGCACUUGAUGUGGGAGAAACCGUGCAUUCAGGUAUCCAUCAGUCAUGGUUUGAAAGACUCACAUAUCUCGUGUAUAGGCAUUAACAGAUAUUUCAUGUGUAUUUCAUAUCACUGUCGUGUUUUCCAGCAGUUAAUUUGUCUGUAUGGAAGUGAUGUGGCUGCCUCAACCAGCUCGUUUGGGGAAGUUUCCAGAUGUGUAAUGGCUUUUAAAACUCUCAUCAUGUUUCCUCUGCAGCUCUGGUGCGUGUUCACUUGGGAUCUGCAGAGAAAUGUCCUGAGCUAACCUGAGCUUCUGCAGCCACAGCCCAUCAGCUGGUGUUGGCAGUGACGUCCUUGAACAAGUCAACACUUGAGUCUUGGGCCCAGAAUAGCAGCCUAAGGGGCAAAGCUGUUCCCUAAAGAGCGAUUCUGGAACAGCAGCUUAGUCUUGCUGCUUCUUUUGGUAUUCUCAGCUGCUGCAUCACCUCACCGAUGAGUGCUGAACAGGCAGGGAACAGAAAAACAUAUCAAAAGCUGUAACUGUUACUGCUACUGCAGUUGUCAUGUUGUUCUUAAUGCAGCGGUGGCUUCUGAAGCCGCAACAACUUGUGCCAUCAGCCUUCCCCUCUGUGACAGGUCAUAGAAUCCUGAGAGUUGGAAGGGGUCUUUAAAGGCCAUCUAGUUCAACUCCCUUGCAAUGAACAGGGACGCCACAGCUAGGUCAAGUAGCCCAGGGCUUGAUCCAGCCUUGUCUUGAAAGUCUCCAGGGACACCUCUUUUUCCUCAGUUCUGUCCUUUGAAAGUGGCAGUGUCAGCCAAGAAAGUGGUAAGCUGUGAUGCUUGCCUGGGAGAUUAUGAGGGUAAUUCUGGGGAGAACUUCUCCAGAAGCAAAGAUGUGUAGUGAGAACUGGUUUUACUCUCUUCAUUGUGGUAUUGGCACGCUUCACUAGUGUUAGAAAAUUGCUCUGUUCACUGAUCUGUCUGUCUAUUGCAGCAUCAGUGCUGUUAUUGCCUGUUGCUUGGAUGAAUUGUCACUUAGAAGGUGCUUUGGGACUGCGAAUGUAUUCCAAGGUCUUUGAAGAUAAUAUUUGGCACAUUUUAGCUUUUCAGGGUCAAAAUGAGAGUUUAUCUUUUCAUUCUACAUUCAUUACGUGACACAGAGACCCUGUGUGUUUUCCUCCGUGUGCACAUAUAUGUUAGUGCUGCCUGUAGACAGCAGUACCACAGGGGCUGGCAGGACAUGUUUGCAUCCCUCAUGCUGUUGCAGAUCUAUCAGACCAGAAUUUUGCUUCCUGAGUGUUACCUUUCCAUUCUAAUCAAGGCAUUUAGUUUGGAUGUCAGAAUGCCUAGUCGUGCAGCAUCUGGCCUCUUGAGUCAUUUUUGGUCUUACAGGUAGAGGCAGAUGGUACUGUGAAGCAGCAGGGAUGUUCUCUCACUGGUGACCUCACAGCAGCAGUCCUUGGUAAAGAUCUGUAUGGCGUUGAAUGGUAAAGCAAAUUACUGGCUUACACCCAGAAACACUUGAAAAAAAUAUUUCGGAAGUUGUGUUGUUUAUCUGGAAAAGUUCAUCUUUCUUCAUUUAACUGGACAGGAAUACACUUCUCAAGCAGGAUGACAUUUUUGAGAAGCCUGAGAGUAGAAGUUUCCAUUACUCAUGUGACUUUGUCUGUGGGGGGCUGUCACAGUAAUGGCUUGGUUACUUUAUGUGGUUUUUCACUUGGUGAUGUGCUGAAAACUUACAUACUAUCCUCUAUGAUAGGGUUUAAAGUGUCUCACCUGAAAGCUGAGAGGGAGAUUGUGUUAAAGUGACGUGUUCGCACUUUUAGAUAGGGUUCUGAGGGUGAUUUUUGAACACGUGCAAGUUAGAAAUAAACUUGAUAUGAUAAAGUAUUGUAAUUGUGUAUUAACUGUAAUGUAAUGUUAGGCACUGGAAUGGGCUGCCCAGGGAGGUGGUUGAGUCACUGUCCCUGGAAGUGUUCAAGAAACAUUGAGAUGUUGUACUGACGUGGUUUAGUGGGCAACGUUGGUAGUCGGUGGGCAAUUGGACUGGAUGAUCUUGGAGGUCUCUUCCAACCUUGGGGAUUCUAUGAUUCUAAUAAUGAUCUAAUGGCAUGGAAAAUUACAGUGAAAUCUAGAAACAGGUAUAAAACCUGCGUAGGAAUAUAAAGCUAUGGAUGGAUGUCUUGUGAUUUGCUUGCUGUGUUUUUUAUGGUAACAGGAUUGUUAUGGGUACGUUAUAGGAUUGGUGAGUUCUUGUAAAAUGAAUUUAAACUCAUUCAAUGAUGUGAAAUGCCAUGCGUUAUCAAACUUUGGUUCAGGAUUGUCUACCACUGUGACUACUCUAAUGUGUCUGAUUAGUCUUUGAUUUCAACUUUGUGUUGUAUUCUGAUUAUAAAACUGACCUUUUCACAUUAAGAAGUAUUAUCUCAGUUAAAUAUGCUAGUUGAACACAGGCUUCUUUUUUCUUUCUUUUUUUUAAGCAUUAAAGUGAAUCAGUUGAAUGAAUAAUUGAAAAAGGGACAUCUAAAGAUUACAGAAAACAUUAUUACUAGAGGGGGAAAAAAGUGGGCAGAGAGUAAUUUGAAAGGUGGAUAAUUUUCCUACAUUAUAAAAACCUGAAAAACAACAAGCAGACUUGCCACUCUCCUGAUACGAUUCCCAAAGAAAAUCUGCUUGUAGUAGUAGAGCCUGAGUUGUUCCGAAUCACUGCCUAAUUUCUCCAAAAGGAUAGUACUUCAAAGGCAUUGGUUAUUUAAAUAGAGUAAGGAAAGUGAGUCUGUAAAUGCUGAGCUCAGAAGUACGGCCAGGAUCUGAAAUAGUAAUUUUAAGCCCAAGUAGAUGUUGUGAUGUGCAUAGGAAGAUGCUCCCCCCCCCCUCCCGGGAGUGACAGAAGACUGAGAAUCUCAAGGUGGUGUGAACUGCAGACAGACAACAGGGAAAGUUCUUGAAGCCAUCAGUUAGCACUUGGAUGAGGAUCCUGCUUCAAUUACUCAGCAAUAACCUAUUUCUGAUGGUAGUGAGAUUGUGCUAAGAUUAAAAUCUUGGCUUUGGUGCCUAUUACCAUCUUCCUUUUCUAGCAGUUCAGUCUUCUGGUAUGUGGCAGAUGUUGUUGACUGAAUCAUUUAUGAUGGUUUGUCUGGAUAUGUGCUAAGUGAUCACUGUGUUACACUUCUAAUGCAGUUCUGUUCUUCCUCAGCUCCCGCUCUUUACUUCCCUUUAAUAAUUUUAAAGUCAUUGUGUUAUUCCUUUUGUUAUCUGAGAAUAGCGACAGCAGAGCUACAUGUUUUGUCAUAAUACCCUGCAAAAAAGCAGAUGUCCGUAGAUGAGUAGGUUCUGUGCUAUAACUGGGGUGUUGGGAAAGAAGUAAAUAUGAUAAAACUUGCAUUUGUGAAAAAGGGAAAAGUCAUAGAAUGGUAUUUCAGAGAUUUUAUACUGGCUUGAAUGGCUGUAUGAGAUGCCUGAUUUUUUGCAGCAGCUACACCAAGUGCUUAGGAUGAAUUGCUGCAUAUACUUGUGCUGGAUGUUCCACUUGAUGGAUUUUAAUAAAGCACCUUUGUCAAAGAGUCUGUUAUUAGUCCCAAGUGCCAUCUCGAUUCUGUUGACUCUGCUUUUCCAACAUUAUCAGAAGUUCUUUGCAUAUAACCUACAAGCUAUAAAAGAGGAUUUUCAGAUUUGGAGGCUUGUAUGUGGGAGAGUGAUAUGCCUCGAUCUGAAAGACACAUUCUGCAGCAGUCUGCUCAUUUACAACUUUAGAAUAUUUGAAAGAAGAUACGGCAGCAGAAAAUUUUCAUCCUUUUUACUGGGUGCUUGGACGCUGUCAGCUUUGUUUGAUCUUCUCCUUGUAGAAGCUGCUCAGUAUGUAUUUGGCAUCACCAUCAACAGCUUGCCUUCUGGUUUCUUGGGUCCUGUGUUUGCUCUGUUUGUACCGUUUUAUUGCUCCAUUCCAAGAGUGCAGGUGACACAAGUACUAGGCUAUUUUUCUAUUACGAACAAGACAUUGGUCUAUAUACUGGGUUUACAGCUCUUAACCUCUGGUUCCUACAUCUGGAUUUUAGCCUUAAGUGGAUUGAUUUCUGGGAUUUGCUACAAUAGCAGUAUAUUAAAAGUUCAUCGAAUUCUUUGUGUACCCAGCUGGGUAGCAAAGAUAUUUUCCUGGACUCUUGAACCAAUCUUCUCAUCUGCGGAACCAACGAAUGAAAUCCGAGUGGGAAUGGGAGCAACAGUCGACAUCCAGAGGCAGCAGAGAAUGGAGCUACUGGAUCGACAGAUCAUGAUGUCUCAGGUUGCCCAAAUGAGGAGACAAAGGCAGCAGCAGCUGUCCAUCAUUUUCCAGCUGAACUAUUGCAUCACAGCGGUACUGAAAUCUGCUUCAGAGGCCAGACUGAGGUGUUCCUCCUGGAUUUCAAAGGAAAUAACUGAUCAGGCAUCAGAAAAGACCACAUGUGGAUUUGUGAAUUUUUGUGACACACGAGCUCCUCUGGGAGAAUGCAGACAUCAAAGCUCAGGAUACAGCAAAUAAGAGCUGGAGACAAAGCCUCUGGGCUAAGGAGACUUGUCUGUAGCAUAAAUUUCCAGAGGAAAUUGGAAUAUGUUUAGAAAUUGCUGCACUACUUUCCAUGGUGAAAAAUUCUUUCCAUCGUUGCAAGUGAUGCUCACAGCACCAACAUGAUCACAUUUCUACCUCCUUUCAAAAAAGAAUGUUAUUAAGGUUAAAAAAGAAAGAAAAGAAAGAAAGAAAAAGGUUUUAGAGGAAAUAAACCCCCAGAACAGUUUUUACCUCACAAAAAGAGACAGGCCAGACAUUUUAAUAAGUCCACUGGAAAUUUUACCAUUGCCAUUGAUCUUUUUUACAGUGUUCAGAUGCUGAGGCAGCUGCUAUCAGUGUGUAAUUCGUGGCUACGUUUUUUUCUUUCUAUUAUCAGUGCAUACACUGCGGGGUCAAUAUUUUUAACGAAAAGAUUAUGUCUGAAGGGCAAGGCAAGUGUUUCUUGGAAUAAAUCUUUAUAUCAAUGAAACAUUUAUACCUGCACCAAGAAAAAGUGCACCUGCACUUUAAAAGAUGAAAUGCAAAGCAAUUUCCUUUUUUUUUCUUUCUUUCUUUUUUUUUUUUUUUUUCUAACUGUGGUUGUUGUGUUAAGAAAAGGUGAACAGGACAGAUAUCAGGAGGUGUUUCCUGUUUGUGCAAACAGAUGGCAAGUUGGCAUUAACCAUAUACAUGUGAUAAUACUAUCAAAAAAUCUUAACCACAUGAAAAAUCAUCAAGAGGACUUCUAUAAGGCAUUUUCAAUUCUAGUGAAAUCAAUUUAAUUGUAAUACAAGCACAUGUGGUAGCUACUUCAGUGAAUGUUUGUUAGUGGUCUGUAAUACAUGUUUAUUUGUCAGAGUUUGUGUAAGAAUUGUUUUGCAGAAUAUGCUAUGGUAAGUAUGUAAACGGGAAGCAAGGAGAGCAGCCUUCUCUGAAAGAAAGUAAGGAGAUGGUGUGAAAAAAUAGUUGUGUAAUAGGGAUUUCAGCAAGUUAUAUAGUCAGACAUUCGCUAGCUGUAGACUGAUAUGAAUGUCUUGUUCUGUAGGAAAAGGGGAUACUCUUUUCCUUGUAAACAGUAUUAUCUCAGACACUAUUUAGGAACAAAAAAAUCAAGGAUGUGACCUAACAAGUUAAGUACUGACAGUUACCAAGAAUUACUCAUCGAUAUAGUAUUUCCUUAUAAUGUUUUCUAUCAUGGAUAGAUGCCAUUUUCCCAUUCCUUUAAUCUAACCCAUUCCUCCACCUCAUUGUUUGGUCACCUGAAGCUUGUGACUGAUCUGUUGUUUCCUGUAAGAGAAGUUCCAACAUCACCAAUGUUUUCCUAAUCCACUUUUAUUGGUGAUGUAACAGAGAUCGAUGGUCCUGUUGGUUUGUUUGUCUCCUGUCAGAUAGUAACAAGGAAUUUGCCAUCAACCAAUUCACCCAGUCUUUGCACUGCUAGCAUCGAAGGAAACUGCUGAUUUCUUUAGUUAAAAAAUUACAACUGUAGAGUGGGGAAGGCUUACAGACCUUUCCUUAAAUGUGUCCAGCAUCCUUCUCUUUGGCUACUGAAUGAAGCAGUCUUUUUGACAUGAGUUUUCUCUGAUAAUGUGUGGAAGUCUAUGUUGCAGGCAGAAAUGAGGGCCCAGCCAACAGUUUGUACAAAAUAUUUGUAUGAAUGGUAGUUUGUAGACUGAUUUUCUCAGUGACUGCCUUCCUCUAGCAGAGGAGCAGAAAAUCUUCCCAAAGUUGGCCAUGAAAGAUUUGGACUAAGAAAGAAGGAAUGAAGUCUUACCUUUGCGUGGAUAACAUGUUGAAUGGUUUCUCUCUGCCCAGACCACUGACUGGGGAAAGCGGUUGGUUUAUCAGUUGUGAACCUGAGCGCACCAACAGGCUUUCCAGAGGGUUGUGUUGCCCAUGCUGAGGGCCAACUCUGACACGGUACAGCUCUUCAGCCUCGGAGCAGCCUUGUGAGAAAGAGCUGUGGUUAGAAACGUCUGUGAGGUAUCUUGGGGCCUCAUCCACCUCAUCUGGGAGUUAGCUGCUUUUGAGUACAAGUCCAGGUCCUAAGCCACUGAUUUGACUUCUGGUCUUAAUCUUAGACCUGCCUCAUCAUUGUGGAUUUGCUUGGUGAUCUGGACUUUUGUCUGACUGUGGUUACCAUCACUGGUAAUAUAGCUUUAGCUAUUUUCAAGUCUCCUGUGAAAGGUAUACUUAUUUACCAUUCUUCAGUAGGGACUUUUUGAUGGUUCAGAAGCAUUGCUUAAGUAAAUUCAACAGAUUGGAUAUCUUCAUGUGAAAUCUUCCUGACCUUUCUCAGAAUAAGUGUCUUAGCAUGGUCAAAAACCCCUCUAAUACAGAAUGUAUCAUAAGAUUGUGAACAGAACGUCUGCUGAAUAAUGUCUGGGAGACAAAGCAGAAUAUCGAUCAGGAAAUCCCUGGACAUUUUUAACUGGAAUUUGAGAGGCUUGUUUGAUUUAAGACAUUUUUUGCUGUUUGCUUUGAAUCAAAUUAAAAAUCAGAUCUUAGUGUAUUUCUGCUGUGAUAGUAACAUUGUCCAGAAGUUGCCAUGCACGCUGGAAGUCCUUAGCCUUGAUCUCCGCUUUCUAUGGAUCUGAGGCAUUAGCAACAGUUCCUGCUGUUUUCUUAUAUUUAGGGAAUGGUCCGCAGUAGCAGUUCCUGCUGCAACUCCCUCCCUCUUCUCUUUUAAAUCUGACUUUGUUCAUGUCCAUCAUGUGAUGAGAGGCAAGCCCAUGAGGAGAAACAACUUCCUGGCAUGUACAGAUCAAGAAGCAUAACAUACAUGGUUUAUGUGCAGUCUGGGAAAUAACACACGGUUGAGAAAUAGACCAUCCAAAGUAAGUUGUAACUAAUCCUAAACAUCAGUGCUCACAUAGCACUAAGACUUUUGGCCUUCUCUAGUUAUGCUUUAGAUAUUCUUUCAUCAUUAAUAUAGUCAAGAGCUGAUGUUUGUCACAAUUCCGAAAGUAAUUGAAAUAUUCUGAGGACGAAUGAAAAGGAUCCUUUCAUAGGAAUUUUGAUCCAGUUUGCCUGGUCUGUUUGUUAUAUCUGGGAGAGAGUUAGCAAGCUUUGCCUGGAACUGUUCUGAAUUCAUCCAUACAUACCUGUAGUUCAUCCAGUUAUCCAUGAUAAACCUUCUAAACUAUGCAGUUUCAUUGGGGAAACUACGCUUCAUUGGGGAAUCUGGAUUUCUUACUGCAGGUAAUGCAUUUGGUGCACAUUAAUUUAAAAUGUACUGUUAAGUUUGAGAUAAAAAGGCAGAUGUCUUUGUAGUGUUGUAUGUCAGCACACAGGACAGGGUGCAGUAGGAAGCCGAGGGCACAGCUGGGAAGGUACGUUUAUUUCAGUCUUUGGAUGCAUCAGCAUACAGAUAAAUUAAUGCAUUUACUGUAGAUUUGAUAUUUAAUAUGCAUUAUUGUCUAUGAAUUGUGGUGCUACAAAAAACGCGCCAUGAUCCUGCUGGCAUUUUUCAAUCCACCAGCUUUAUAUGAAUGACCCUUGGAAGCAUUGCUUUCUCCCCCUCGGGUCUUUGAAAAGGACACACACAGGCAAAGCAGCACCAGUUCCGUGUUCCUGCUGUACUAUAGAGCUUAGUAGGCUUCCAGAAAUUCAAAAUUAAUGAAUUAAAACUCAAAAUAAUUCUGAGCUAGGGGAAACUAGAGAUGGGGAAGUACAUGACAUGUGAUUUUCCAAGACCACAGAGGAGUGCAGCUUGUCAGAAGGAGGUGUGAGAUCCCUCUCCAGGUUUAAACUAGAAACCAGUUCUCCUUUUUGCUGCACUAUACUGUUUGGCUAACGCAAGGCUUAUGUGAAAUCCUUCAAGAUAAAACCUUUGAAGUAGAUGCUUAAUGCAGCAUAUAAAGUAGAAAUGUGGGUAUGUAAUAGCGUCUUAAAUUCCGAAUUGCUAGUAGUGGAAACUUUGUACUGAAGAUGAGUGGUGACUCAUAGCUGGUGCUUAUCUUCUUAGGGAAGAUGCACUGUGCCAUAAGGGACUGGAACACUCUACAAGCUAACAGGUCACAUCUCAUGACUCCCCAGCUGGUUUUUCAAGUGUGCUCUUGCACUGCCCCCUGUGGUGUCUGGGCUGGCUGGGUAUCCCUGGGAGACAGUGGAAGAGAACAAAGGACAGGGCAGGAAAACAAAAUACAUGAUUUUGUGUGUGUGUGUGUGUCUGGGAGCAGGUUAAGCUGCUGCUGAUCUGAUCAAGAAGAGAGCUUUUAGUGCUGCAGGAGUACAUAAAGGCAGGAAGAGCCCCAGCUGAGAGAAGAAAAAACUAUCAUAAGAGGAAGGUCUUCUGAGAAACGACAGCACAGACCUAAAACAGAGCAACUAGAGGAAGGAAGUCCUUGUCCUAUAUAUACUGAAAGGGAGGGGGAUCUUCUCCAUGGUAACAGAGGGAGCGGGUCAGGAGGAGAAGGACAUCAGCUGCAUUGCAGAGAACAGAGGGAGCAAGGGGUGCUACUCUUGCCCAUUUGCAGGUUCUGGUGUCAUGCCACAUCCCUUCCAGAAUGUUUGUGCAAGCUCAUGAAAGGAAGAUGGAUCAUUCCCGGGCAAUGAUAAAGCUUGAACUUUGCAUUCUGUGUGUCUUACUGUUUUAAGGCUCCAAACUGAAUUGUUGAAGUUUCAGUUCAGUGAUUUAUGCCAUACUUACAUUACUGCUGUGUAUUUAUGUGAUUACCAUGUAGUCAGAAAAUGAUUCGGCACUGGAGUACAGCCAGGUUUUGCAGUGGUAGUAAUGCACUGAAGUUAGGUCAGUCUGAAAGUCUGUUACAGUCAUAUUGGUGUCGCAGAAAUAUUCACUGGCAUGGAAAGUUUAUCACGGGUAUCUUGCGAGUUGGGCUUGUGAUCAGCAGCAUGUGCUCUGAGUUUCCUGAUGUGUUUUUGUGGAUGCAGUGAAAAGCAUCAUUUUUGCUUUUUCUCCCUGCUUCUUUGUUUCACUCUUACCCAUGUAAAGCAAGCACGUGCAGGACGUGCUGUUGCAUCCUUUGCCAGACACAAAGUCUGGCAGAAAGUCACAAAGAGAACAGGCUCUUCAGCCUCAGAAACCCAUCACUGUAAUGAGCCAUAUCAUCCACAAUGUAUGCGAAACAUGAAGUAUUAGCAAGAAGUCAGACAGUCCUUUCUUCCUUUUACUAGCACUUUUCCUUAGCUUAUAGCAACUACUUCCAGUAGCAAGGAGAGAGGUAACAAGUCCCAGUUUUCACUUCACAAAAGGCUACAGCAGCUCGUGUUGUUUCAGAUAAGUGUUUUGCUCAAAUGUUUGCCUUUUUAUGGUCUUUAUGUGUAAAAGUACCUGUAGUUCUUUUUGAAAAGACUGACAGCAGUGUCUGG